AAAAAUAUUUAUUUAAUUUUUUAUCAUAGGAUGUCAGCACCAUUUUAUACUGUGAAGGUAUUACACUUAAAUUAAUAAAAGGAUGUUCCUGCUUAAGACUUCAUUCGUGCAUAUGCAGAGUACUUAAAGAAAAAUAAUAAAAUAAAAAUCCCUGAAUGGGCAUCAAUUGUAAAAACAGGUCUUGGAUAAGAAAUCUCACCUAUCGAUCAAGAUUGGAUGUAUGUUAGAGCUGCAGCACUUGCUAGAAAAAUUUAUGUGAGAGGUCAUUGGGUACUCUAUUUAAUAAUAUGUAACUUUAGGGUGUUGGAAAUUUAACUCACAUGUUUGGAUCAGUCAAUGAUAAUGGAAAACAUGAAUCAGGAUCAGGAAAAGUUAUAAGAUAUUUACUCUAACAAUUAGAAUCAAUUAAAGUCUUAAAGAAAGACAAUAAAUCACUCCUGAAGAAGGGAUCAAGAAUUGUUACUAAGGAAGGAUAAUAAGACUUAAAUAGAAUUGCAACUUAAGUAGCAUUAGCUGCAAGAAAAUGAUUAUUAAACAUAAAGUACAUUAAUAUUCAAAUUAAC